AUGGUAAUGUUUACUUAUAUUUUGCUCUUGAUUGCGGCUGGUCGCCGCGCAGCAAUUCUUUCAAAUGCAAAAGGAAGUAACAGAUCCUAUCAAUCUGGUGAUAUUACACUCGGAGGCCUUUUUCUCUUACAUUACACAACAGAAGAUGGGAAAUGUGGUGAGUUAUUCCCAAUAGGUCUUGGUCAUGUGGAAGCAAUGCUAUUCGCCAUUGACAAAAUAAACAAUAACCCCAAAUUGCUUCCUAACAUAACAUUGGGAUAUGACAUUAGGGAUUACUGCGAGAGCAUUACCAAGGCGAUGAAACACACGUACAGUUUUGUUCGUCGAAAUGAAAUUGCUUUUAAAUCCAUGGUUGACUAUUGUUCGUGUUCUAAUAACACAAACCGGACGGAAAACGAUUGUAAUCCAAUGGCAGCAGUGAUCGGUCCCACAGAUUCAGGAAGUGCAGUUGUUGUGGGCAGUCUUUUGGAAGUAGCUGGAAUUCCUGUAAUUAGCCACUCGGCAACGAGCAAUGAGUUAAGCUCACCCCUUUACCGUCAUUUCUUCCGCACUGCAUCUCCAGAUAGCCAACAGGCAAAUGCAAUGGCUGAUGUUAUACAGCAUUUCAACUGGAGCUUUGUCAUCGUUGUGGCAAUGGAUGAUUCUUAUGGUCGUGGUGGAGCAUGGGAGUUAGAAAAGGAAGCCGAACGAAGGAAGACCUUUUGUAUUGCUUUCGCAGAAUACAUUCCACGUAAAGAGUAUAGCUCAAAACUACGUAGAGCUGUGAAUAAGAUAAAAAGCUAUACAAACGCGAAAGUAGUCGUGUUGUGGCUUUUUGGCAGUUACGGACGUCGUUUCCUGAACGAGGCAGUGCAGCAGAAACUGAAGGACCGGACUUGGAUUUUGAGCGAUGCUUUGGCAACAGAAGACGACGUAUUUGUGGGGCUUAAGUACACUGAACAAAAAAUUAUUCAUGGAUCUCUUGGAAUUCAACCUCGGCAUUUAGAUAACCAGUAUUUUAAGGAGUUUGUGAUCGCAGAAACAAAUGGUUUUUCUUCGAGAAACAGAGUUCCCUGGUGGGAAGAGCUUUGGCAGAGUCGAAGUAAAGUUAAUUGUUCGUCGCGUCUGGGAGAUAAUUGCCAGGAUAUGCUGUUUCGCUUGAUUUACGACACUUAUAUCCCCUAUGUAGUAGAUGCCGUAUUUGCUGUUGGAUAUGCUUUGCAUCUCAUGUUAAAUUGUUCCGAUCAUGUGACCCAUGAAGUCGUUUGUCGAGAUAGUCCACUAUCAGUAGACCUACAGGAAGUCGAGAGAUACCUCCGCAUAGUUGAUUUUUUUGGAUUGACCGGAAGGGUGAGCUUUGAUUCCUCAGGAGAUCCAGUAUCUUCCUUCUACGACAUUGUCCACUUUUAUACAUCAGAAGAACAACGUCAACCAGUCAAGAUUGUCAUUGGUUCGUGGGAAAGGAGCAGAAACCCAAAGCUGCUAUUAAACGACACACAAAUUACAUGGAAUGCUCAGACCAGUGGAAAUUCCAUACCGAGGUCGUUCUGCCAGGAUGAUUGUCUCCCAGGAACGUUUAGGUCACCAACAACUCCUUGCUGCUGGAAUUGUACAAAAUGUUCUGUUGGAGUGAUAAGUAGCACAAUAAACAAUGCAAAAUGUCAGGAAUGUCCCAAAGGGCAAAAGCCUAACGAAAGAGGGUCUAGUUGCAUAGAUCUGUCAGAGGCUGAGGUGGUUUGGACAAGCCUUGCUAAUAUCCUUGUCCUGCUGUUUUCAUCCAUUGGAAUAGCAUCAGUGGCAAUGUGCAGCAUCGUAUUUUACAAGCAUCGAAAUACACCUGUCGUGAAAGCAGCAAAUCGCGAACUGAGUUGCAUUCUGAUGAUCACCAUUGCGUUGUCUUUUUCCAUGUCCAUUUUCGAACUUGCUAAGCGGACCAACUUUACAUGUCGAUUUGGAGCGUGUUGGCGAUCUUCUGUCCUGGCUACAUUUAUCGCCAUUCUAAUAAUUAAGACCAUGAAGAUACUCAGCGCGUUCAGAGUGAACGUGGUAGCAGAAAAGUUUAAGAAAUUCAUUUUGAUGGCUAAAAGCCAGACACUACUUGUUCUGGCAAUGAUUUCUGUUCAGCUUAUACUUGUCUUGCUGUGGAUUAUCUUGGAUCCUCCAAGUCAACGACGAAUCAUAAAACCAGUAGACGGAAAAAUUCAUCUGUCGUGUUCUUUGUAUCAAUCACAAAUUGGACAGAUAUUGCAGAUCCUUAUGAUUAUUUACGUGUCCUUUCUCGCAGUUGUUUGCACAUUUUAUGCCUUUAAAGCAAGGAACCUUCCGGAGAACUUUAGCGAAGGUCGUUAUAUUGUGUUAUCUAUGUAUAUUCUAUUACUCUCCAGCAUCGGGUAUUACCCAGUUGACAUUGGUCUGACCGGGUCACUGGAAACGAGUCUAACAUGUGCUUCGACCCUUUUGAGUUCUUAUGGGUUGCUGGUCUGUAUGUUUGGCCCCAAAAUUUACUUGGUUCUGUGCAAACCCGAGCAAAAUACACACGAAGCUUUCUGCUCACAAGUCGCAGAAUUUUCUUUCAGCAGCGGCAUAAGAGGCAGAGUAGCCGUUGCACCGUUAGUUUCAGUUAGAAAGAGCUGUCAUACUAGUGUGGAGAACUUGAAUUAAGACAUUAAGUUUAACUGAUAAGCUGAACGGGCAGAGAGUGUGACAAUCUUCGUUAAAUGGGCUAUGUAACAAGGAUAUUACGGUUUGAGAUCAAUUCUGUGCUUAAUUCAUUAUUUUACUUAGUGCCUUUUAAUUUACUCAUACACAAAAUGCUCCUACUGAGUUUUGAAGAAGAUUUAAAACAAAUUUCAUUAGGGAACAAUAAAGGUAAAGGCGCACACGAACCAAGGGCCCAGACGGCUGGAGCUUAUACCUUAUUACCUUAGCAUCCAGCAUGCCUAGGAGUAUUGCUAUUUCCCCAUGGUCGGAACGAAAGUCCAUUGUAGGGCUACCAAACGGUAUGUCGCCGGUACCCAUUUAUUCACCUGGGUGAAGAGAGACAAAGUGGAUGGAGAAAAGUUCCUUGUCUAAGGAAACAACGCGUCGGGCGAGGCUUGAACCCCUGACCUCCAGAUCAAGAGUUUGACCGUUCGACCACGCACGUCUCCACCAUACUAUUUUCAAAACCAUAAUUGUUUUUGGUGAUUUUUCAAGGAGAGCAUUAAAACUUGAAAAAGUUGGGAAGUUUCAGUUCGUUUCCAUCCUUGAUAUCUGUUGCAACAGCCGACAGGAAUCAGUUGCAAUGCCUAAAUAUAGUCAUAAAGAACAAAACUGCAGCAUUAUUUUUGAAACUCAAUUGAUGCAAAGACAAGUUUUAGCUUUUUAAAAAGAAAUGAUAAAUAGCGGCUGACAUAGCCCCGUAAAAUACUUGCAGAGGUGGCAUUUCCUGCAUUCCGCUGCAGUGAGCACAGAAUACAAAUAGUAAAAUAGACCAUUUUACAGUUGUGAGCUUAGUAUCCUAACCCUUGAGUGAAUAUGAGACUGAGGUUAGCCCUGUUUUGAUACAAACCUCCUUCUUUUUCUUAUGGAAAUCGUGCUUAAAGAAUACUCGUUUGCGUAUGAAAGACAUGAUUAGCAUGAUAAAGCAGGAAGGUUGUAUCGAAACAAGGUCAACUCGAGCCUCGUUUCCACCUGUAACCGGACAAUUUAUUUAGGGCAAGUGUUGGGUGGACAAUUUUAUAAAAUCAGUAAAUUUUCUCAACCCAAGCCGGGAUAAUAAUAAUAUUGCUUUUUAUUUAAAUAGAACGAGAUGCUCAUUUAACUUUGUGAAAAUAUGUACAUAGUUUACAGCAAUAUUAUAUUCGAAUCGAAACAAAAGCGCUAUAUUACACUAAAAAUUAGAUAAAAAUCAUGAAAAUUCAGUGUCAUUAACGAUUUCCCAAAUCCAUAAUGUAGAAAAAGCGAAAAAAUUAGAAAGAGUAAAAUAGUGUAGAUUUAAGCAAUGUGUCAAGAAAUGUUUAAUAUUAAUGUAAUCCCAUCUUUACGUGAAAGCAGUGCCACUCACAACCACGUGUUUUUAGAUGCGUUUUUAUGCCAGGAACACGGUAUAUUGUAGUCAAGGCAUUUGCAUUCUAGCCUCAGAAGGUAUUCUCUUUUGAAAAGCUCAUAUAUACUGAUUGAUAGAUUCUGCGUUAAACAAGGCGUGAAUUAGCUAAAAAAGAAUAACCUGUUAUGUUUUAUCUUUUUUCUCUUCGCUUCGCGCCACAUUUGUAUGUGUAUAAAUCAAAUGGUGAGUGAAAUUAGGAAUCAAGAUAUUUAAGGCGCGUUUCGUCAAUUUUUUUUAAUUUCCCAAGCCUUUAGGCUCAUUUUACGUUUAUGCCAUUUGACCCAUGGACGACAAAAUUCGCUCAUAAUCGUGAGUUUAUAUUUUAUUUGACUUUUUUUUUACUCCUAGACUCUCAAAGCACUGUAAAGUUUAAAAAACGCCCUUCCAAGUUCACAAUUUCCUGAAAUUUUGACCAGAUGCUCUUUAGAAAUUCUCUUUUUGUUAAAAAUUCUGCUCUUUGGUGUUUUUAUCUUUUGUACAGCAUCUUUUAAUGCUCUGACAUCUUCCUUUCUAACAUCUUUAACACUGGUCGCCCAAAUGGUCCUGAGAUUUACGGAACGUUGCUACAGACAUUUUGCAAUUUAACAUGUGAAACUAUAGAUUUGAGGGUUAAAACUUCACGCCAAAAUAAGAGUUUAACUUUAACAUUCUCAUUCUAUAGACCUGGCACACCUCAAAGCACUAAGGCCCACCAAACAUAAAAAUUUGGACCAAAAUUGAGAAAUUAUACUCGAUCAAUUCAAAAUGAUCAUGAUAGCAAAAAUAAUGAUCAUUAAAACACAGAAAUGCUGAAAGGACUGAAAGCGAUGAAUUCAACUCGCAGCACUCCAUCUUAUGUCAAGAAGCAAUAGUUUGAUAAAUUGAUCGACCCUUCCACGGUUUUUUUCAACUUUUGACAUAGACAAGUUAUGGAAAAUCCGUCGACACCACUAGAUAGAGCACCUUAAAAUUAGUAAAUUUGCCAAGUUUGAAAAUGACAUGUCUUAAGCGAGAAAAUAUAUGGCUCUGUAAAGUAGCGAAUAUUUAUGCCUGGUUCUAUAAUUAAUGCUGUUUCAAAGCCAUAAGGUAAGAAUUCUUCCUUACACUUCACGUGGUACACAAACCUAUUUGAGGCUAGAGCGGCCAGUUGAAGCUCUUUCUGAGCAUGGGCAAAAGAUUAAUCCUGACAUCAGAUCGAUUUGAGAUUUCAGGAUUUCAAUCCCGAAGAAAAAUGCCUCGGCUUCAACUAAUAUGCCUCGCUUUCAUUGUUUCAUCCGGGAUACACUCACAGCGGAUAAAAAUGUAAAAACGGUUGCUUUAUAUGCUACAUUGUUCGGGUUGUUCGACAGAACUUUACCGACGUCUUGACAUUGCUGCCCUCCUUACGGUGAGUAAAGUGAUAUGCUUAACGAAGGCUAUGUUUACAUGUGACACUUUGCCGGGUAGCUUUUGCGCCGGCACAAAAACCAGACCGGAUCGAUAAGGUUCUUUUCACACAUAAUAACAGUGAUUUCGGCGCGAUUUCUGUAAGGGGGGCCGAAGUCUAAAGCGGAGCGUCACAUAUCGGAAGAUGUUCAUACUGUUAGAUAGCUUUUUGCACAAGACCCUGUCCAGUAUAGUGUCAACAGACACCCUUAGAAAGGCAGUAUGUCGUUUACAGUCGCCUGCAAACAGUCUAAAGCUCUUUUUGCGCGCCAACAUGUGCCGCCUUAGCGCAAUUAGAAUACAACAACACGCGCGUAAACUAAUGAAAAGUAAUUGAUAGUAGAACGUAACUCUCUGAUGUGAAUCAUCGUAGAAUUCAUUUGGAUCCAACAAAUACCUGAAUACAACAAAAAAAAAUACUUAGCCUUAUUGUAUUCCUUCGCGAUUAACAAGAAACAGUUUUUAAUCAUAUUUUUUUUAUCGAAAUAUCUCAGCAAGUAAUUUAAGAUCACUAAGAACGUUUCCUGGCUCAAAUCGCCAAACAAAUAAGUUCGUCCAGGUCCUCACUAGAGUGAUUUUACGUAAACCGGGAAAUAUAUGGCUAACAGACAAUACCACUUAAAAUUGCACGCGGUCAUUGCUUUCUUUUGUUUAAACAAGAGUUUUGUGAGACCCGUUUUCGAAACUUUUUGGAAGUUAUUGACACUAGUUGAGAAAAGCCACGAUAGCGCCGAAACAUGCUAGGGGUAAACAAGAAUACACAAAACUUUUCCCCUUAAAAUGUUUGAAACUUCAUUGUCCUCUUUACCUGUCGAUUCUAAACAAGUUCUAUAUGUCAUAAAACUUGUCUGUUUAAACUGCUUGAAUAAUAGAACUAGGCAUGAAUUAUGCCUGGCUCUAUAAUUUAUACAGUCUUAGGCCACGUGGACCCGGCAGCGUUUAUGAGACCUUUGUUGUUCAAUUUUUGUGCCGCCUAUUCUCUCAAAUGUUCUGUUUUUUGCCCCUGGCCGACGUAUAGAAUUCUUCAAGGAAAGUGCGCGCGUACAGUAUUUCGCGAAAAUUGUUGAGGUAUCAAAAAUUCAACUAGUGAGGUUUCUGUUGAUAAAAAAAGCACGUUCCAUGAAAUUUUGAGUUUAUUUUAUACAAAAGAAGAACUUCAUCAUUCUUCCAUUGUCUUUAAUUUUAAAUUAUUAUUCCGAAAUAAUAAAAUGGUAAAAUUUGCCGCUUAGCAUCAUGGAGUGAUAAGGAAAACGAAGUAAACGUUCAAAAACUAAUUAUAGUAAAAAUUAGUUAUGACUAUAGGAUACGAAAGUUAAUACUUGAAUCGCUAAGAAUCUCUUUUUCUUUAACUAUAGUUAAAAGUGAGUGGAAAAAAACAUCCUGGGUUACAUACAACUUUGAUCUGUGACAAUGAAAUUUAAUUACGGACAAAAAAAAUCUUCUUUCAUACAAUCUUAACAAAUUAUUUGCAAUAGUUUAAUCGUGGUAUGACCGAAAAGAAACACGGAAAGUGAAGGUACCGCAGAUCCCACGCGACGAUUCGCAACGACGAUUUCUGGCACAACACAGCGUUGCAAUAUGUUGAAACAAUGUUGUAACCAUUCGAAACUAUGUCGCAACAAUGUUGCAACGCUGUGUUCCGCUAAAAAUUGUUGUUGCGAAUCGUCUCGCGCAACAUUACCUUUACGAGCCAAUUUUUAUACUGUUGUUAAAUCUUUCCCUUACGCAUUUAAGGGCUCAAACUGCCUGUUAUGAAUAAAAAGGAGAUUUGAGCUCUGUAAUGCUUAGGGAAUGUUUCAUGACAGGUUUGAAAAUUUCGAAAUUACAAGGAUUUGUAUGGAAAUCCAUGCAAGGGUGACUUGAUGGCAAAGUUAUUUUUCCUAUACAAAUGCUUCCAACUUUCGGCGGCCGUUGCAAUCGCUACUUUUGAGACGUACGGCUAAAAAUUUCCAGGUUACCUAAUUUUAAUAUGCUCUUUCAGCUUGUGCUAACAAAAUUGAGCUGUUUUCGUAUUUACCGAAAAUGAUCACGUGAUCAAGUCGGGCAAAGAGCCUCAGUUGGGCGACCAUGUUUUGUCUCACGUGGAAAAACAUUGUUCACGAUUCUCAUUAGACGAAAUAUUUUUCUCACGGGUGAAAAAAAAAUAUCCUUCGCUCCUCUGCGUAUGAAAGUUUGCAGUACAGCUUUUCAUUGAGUACAUAAUAUCGCAAAUUUUAAAGAACAAAUUUCAAUAUCCAUCCUCAAAACCUAAAUCGAGGUUCGAUCCUAACCGAGCGCAUUCCAGUAAGGAUUUUGUCAAACUCAAAUCCCCUUGCGACACGGAUUUUCAUGAAGACACCAAGUCACAAAAUCCUUUUUUUUAGUUUUUGCUUUCCAUUGUGAUUAUUCAAGACAGGUGCCAUUGUAUGUAAUUAUUGCACUUAAUGUAUUACAUUUCUGAAGGCCAUCUUCUACAAGCGUCUGUAACCAGAGAAUCGUAUUGAUCAUGUUAGGAGACCUGAUCUAUGUUUCUUAUCUUCCAGGUGCAAAGGACCCUUUCGCAAUGUGUACAUAUCUAGUGCUCUUCAUUUCGGUUGGCCUUAGUGUAGCUGCAUUUUCAAAUACAAAAGAGGAUAGACGUUCCUACCAGUCUGGUGAUAUUACACUCGGAGGCCUUUUCCUCAUACAUUACACAACAGAAGAUGGUAAAUGUGGCGAACUUUUCCCAAUAGGUCUUGGUCAUGUGGAAGCAAUGAUAUUCGCCAUCAACAAGAUAAACGAUAACCCAAAACUGCUUCCUAACAUAACUCUUGGUUAUGACAUUCGGGAUCACUGUGAAAGCCCUGCCAUGGCGAUGAAACACACGUACAAUUUUGUUAGAAGAAAUGAAAUUGCUUUCAAACCCAAGAGUGAUCAUUGCUCGUGCGCUGAUAAAACAAACGAGACGGAAAACGAACGUAAUCCAAUAGCAGCAGUGAUCGGUCCCACAGAUUCAGGAAGUGCAGUUGUUGUGGGCAGUCUUUUGGAAGUAGCUGGAAUUCCUGCCAUUAGCCACUCGGCAACGAGCAAUGAGUUAAGCUCACCCCUUUACCGUCAUUUCUUCCGCACUGCAUCCCCAGAUAGCCAACAGGCAAAUGCAAUGGCUGAUGUUAUACAGUAUUUCAACUGGAGCUAUGUUGCCGUUGUGGCAAUGGAUGAUUCUUAUGGUCGUGGUGGAGCAUGGGAGUUAGAAAAGGAAGCCGAGCGAAGGAAGACCUUUUGUAUUGCUUUCGCAGAAUAUAUUCCACGUCAAGAGUAUAGCUCAAAACUACGUAGAGCUGUAAACAGGAUAAAAAACUUCCCAAACGCGAAAGUAGUCGUGUUGUGGCUUUUCGGAAGUUACGGGCGGCGCUUUCUUAACGAAGCAGAGAAAUGGCAGCUGGAUGACCGUACUUGGAUCCUGAGCGAUGCUUUGGCAUCAGAAGACGAUAUUUUCCCGGAACUGAAAAACACUGAUCAAAAGAUUCUUCAUGGAUCUCUUGGAAUUCAGCCUCGAUAUUUAGAUCACAAGUAUUUUGAGGAAUUUGUGAUGGAAAAAACAACAGGUUUUUCAAAACGAAAUAGAGUUCCUUGGUGGGAAGAGCUUUGGCAGAGUCAAAUUACUACUAACUGUUCCUCAAGUCUGGGAGCCCAUUGCCAGGAAGUUCUGUUUCACUUGAUUUACGACACUUAUGUCCCCUAUGUAGUAGAUGCCGUGUUUGCUGUUGGACAUGCUUUGCAUCUUGCGUUAAACUGUUCAAAACCUCACACAGCCCAAGAAGUCGUUUGUCCAGAUACUUCACCAUUAAUAAAUCCACAGGAAGUGGAGAGCUACCUCCGCAAAGUUGACUUUCUAGGAUUGACCGGAAGGGUUAGCUUUGAUUCCUCAGGAGAUCCAGUAUCGUCCUCAUACGACAUUGUUCACUUUCAUGCAUCAGCAGAAAAACGUCAACCAUUCAAGACAGUCAUUGGCUCAUGGGAAAAGAGAAGGAACCCGAAGCUGCUAUUUAAUGACACAGACAUUGACUGGAAUACAAAGACCAGUGGAAAAUCUAUACCGAAGUCGUUCUGCCGUGACGAUUGUCUGCCAGGAACAUUUCAGUCCCUAACAACUCCUUGCUGCUGGGAAUGUUUAAAAUGUCCAACUGGAAUGAUCAGUACCAGAACAAACAGUGUCAUCUGUAAGGAAUGUCCUGAAGGACAGAAGCCCAAUGAAAAAGGGUCAAAUUGCAUUCAUCUCCCUGAAGCUGAGGUGGUUUGGACAAGGCUCGCUAAUAUCCUAGUCCUCUUGUUUGCAUUUGUUGGACUUGCAGUCGUGACUAUUUGCAGUACAAUUCUUUACAAGCAUCGAAAUACACCUAUAGUGAAAGCAGCCAAUCGCGAAUUGAGUUGCAUUCUGAUGAUCACAAUCGCCUUGUCUUUUUCCAUGUCGGUUUUUACACUUGCUAAGCGGACCAACUUCACGUGUACUAUAGGAGUGUGUUUCAGUUCGUCUGUGUUAGCUACAUUUAUCGCCAUUCUGAUAAUUAAGACAAUGAAGAUACUCAGCGCAUUCAGAGUGAACGUGAUCGCAGAGAGGUUCAAGAAAUUCAUUUUGAUGGCUAAAAGCCAGACACUACUUGUUCUGGCGCUGAUUUCUGUUCAGCUUAUACUAGUUUUGCUGUGGAUUAUCUUGGAUCCUCCAAGUCAAAAACGAAUCGUAAAACCAGUAGAAGGAAUAAUUCAUUUGUCGUGUUCUCUGUAUCACUUACAAAUUGGACAGAUAUGUCAGAUCGCCAUGAUCGUUUACGUGUCAUUUCUCGCAAUAGUUUGCACAUUUUAUGCCUUUAAAGCAAGAAGCCUCCCGGAAAACUUCAACGAGGGACGUUAUAUUGUGUUCUCCAUGUACAUUUUGUUGCUGUCUAGCGUGGGUUAUUUCCCAGUUGACAUUGGUCUUGAUGGGUCGCACGCAACGAAUCUAAAGUGCGCUACAACCGUUUUGAGCUCUUAUGGGUUGCUGAUCUGUAUGUUUGGCCCGAAAAUUUACGUGGUUCUUUGCAAACCCGAGCAAAAUACUCGCAAGGCGUUCUACUCACAAGUCAAGAAAUACUCUUUUAACAACGGAAGAGAUACAGUUGUAUCAUUGGCUUCUGAAUCAGUCUGUGGCACUGGUCAGGAGAACUAG